AUGUGUCCGGGCGGUGGCAGCGAGGCCCCGCCGGAGCUGUACAGCCGCGGCUUCCUGACCUGGGAGCAGCUCAGCGCCCUGCCCCCGCCGGCCGUGGUCAGCUACAUCUUCCUGCUGCUGUGCGCCUGCGGCCUGGUGGGCAACGCGCUGGUGCUCUGGUUCUUCGGCUUCUGCAUCAAGCGCAGCCCCUUCUCCGUGUACUUCCUGCACCUGGCGGCCGCCGACGCCGGCUACCUGGCCAGCAAGGCGCUGCUGGCGCUGCUGGGCGCCGGCGGGCUGCGGGGGCCCCCGGCCGACUACGUGCGCGCCGUGUGCCGGCUGGCCGGCCUGUGCGCCCUGGUCACCUCGGUCAGCCUGCUGCCCGCCCUGGCGGCCGAGCGCUGCGCCUGCGUCACGCUGCCCGCCUGGUUCUGGCGCCGGCGGCCCGCGCGCCUCUCGGCCGUGGUGUGCGCCCUGCUCUGGGGCUGCGCGCUCCUGCUCACCGGCCUGCACAACUACUUCUGCGCCGUCCUGGGCCCCGGCGCGGCGGCCUGCGGCCACGUGGACGCCUUCCUGGGCAUCCUGCUCUUCCUGGUCCUCUGCCCGCUGAUGGUGCUCCCGUGCCUGGUGCUCGUCCUGCACGUGGAGUGCCGCGCCCGGCGGCGCCAGCGCUCGGCCAAGCUCAACCACGUGGUGCUGGCCACGGUGUCCGUGUUCCUCGUGUGCUCCAUCUACCUGGGCAUCGACUGGUUCCUCUUCUGGGUCUUCCAGAUCCCCGCGCCCUUCCCCGAGUACGUCACCGACCUGUGCCUCUGCGUCAACGGCAGCGCCAAGCCCGUCGUCUACUUCCUGGCCGGGAGGGACAAGGGGCAGCGCCUGUGGGAGCCGCUCCGGGUGGUCUUCCAGCGCGCCCUGCGCGACGGCGCCGAGCUGGGGGAGGCGGGCGGCGGCGGCGGCGGCGGGCCCACGGCCAACACCGUGGCCCUGGAGAUGCAGUGCGCCCCCGGGAACGCGUCCUGA